GUCACAACACCGGAAGGAGAACUCCUCAGUCUUCGGCAUGAGAAAAUGUCUGGUGUGGUUUUCGUCUGCAGCUUAAACAACUUUAUUUAUCAUGAUUAGACACGUUUUCCUGACAGGUUCUCCAGGAGUGGGGAAAACCACACUAGUCCAGAAGGCUUGGGAGGCCAUAAGCUCAUCAGGCGUGAGCAUCCACGGCUUCUGCACAGAGGAGGUCAGAGAAAGCGGCAGGAGAGUGGGAUUUGAUGUAGUCACAGUAAACGGCCAGAGAGGAAUCCUGUCCAGAAUCGGAGCUGCAGCUCCGUCAGGCAGACGUGAAUAUACUGUGGGUCAGUAUGUUGUCGAUCUGCCCUCGUUCGAGAGUCUUGCACUGCCGCUUUUCCGAAAUGCCAGCGACGGAAGCAGGAAGGUGUUUAUUAUCGAUGAGAUUGGGAAGAUGGAGCUCUUCAGUCAGGCGUUUAUCCGAGCGGUGAGACAGGCUCUGGACAGCAAGGACUGCACCGUCCUGGGAACAAUCCCGAUUCCUAAAGGAAAACCUCUGGGAUUAGUGGAGGAGAUCCGAGCAAGGAAGGAUGUCAAGGUCUUCAUGGUUACAAAAGAGAACAGAAAUGCCAUUUUGGAUGAAAUUGUUGCUGAACUAAAGGAAUGUCUAAAAAUGAAAUGAAGAUCUCUAAGAAGACAAGAGGAAUGGUGGAGAAAACCUGAGACAAACCUGCAUGAGGAAACCAGAUGGAAAUGUUUUGGUCCCUGGGACAGUGUUUCUCUAUUUUGUUAAAUUCUGUAACUAGACCCUUCGUAUUGGAGGAAGAUCCUUUGUUCUAAUGAACGUUUGGUCUGAUGUUCAAGCUUCAGCUUUUUUGUUUGUUCAUCACCUUUCAGUGUUUUACAUUAGUGGAUAUAAACCGAGUUGUUGUGCAAGCUAUAAAACUGAGCAGCUCUACUGCUUUUUAUGAAGAGGUUCUUGCUGUAACGAGUCGAUUUAUACCACAAACAUCAUCAGUUUUCAUUUUUUUCCAUUUUAUUUGCAUUUAUGCCACAGCACUAGACUCCGGAAACAUUAAAACUGCCUUGACUUGGCAGAGAAGAAGGAGAUAUUUGAUGUUAAAUAAGAUGUUCAUUAAUUUUCAGCAAAUAUUCCUGUCGCCAUCUUAUAGAAAUUGAUGCUAAAAAGAGUUUCUUUGAUAAAAUUUGGUGAAAUCUACAGUGUCACAUUCUGUUUAUUUUUCCUACUCUUUUACAACCGCAGGCAGUGUCGCCUAUUCAUUUCAGGUCACAUUUGAGUACUUAUAGAAACCAGCGUCUAACAGCCUCCAUCCUUUCCUUAACGUUUGUAACUAAAACCUUGAGGAAAUUCCAGUUUAAUUAGCAUAAAGACCGGCAUUUUCAUCUUCUAAAUGAUCGUCACUGGGCUUUAUUCUCUCUUUAAUCUAAUAAUGUUGAAUAGUUUAAUAUCCAAGUUAGAUUUUAAUUUAGUUCAUUGGGUUUUUACAGCCUUCUGCUUGGAUUUAGAAGGUUCAGAGACAUUAGGGGGAGAUAUAGCGAUCUUUUUAGAGACUGAACUGUGCUUGAAAAUAGUGGCGCAAUAAUGAAAACAUUAGGAUUUUUUAAAAUAAUCCAGACUGUCAAUCUGAUUAUUAUUAUUGAUUAUAUUGAUUAAUUAAUUGUGGGCAGCACUUUAGCAAGAAUGUCCUGGGUUCGAAUCCCGGGUCCGAACAGGCAGGGCCCUUUCUGUGUGGAGUUUGCAUGUUCUCCCCGUGUCUGCGUGGGUUUACUCUGGGUACUCCGGUUUCCUCCCACAGUCCAAAAACAUGUACAUUAGGUUGAUAGGUAAUUCUAAAUUCCCCAUAGGAGUGAGUGUGAGUGUGUGUGGUUGUCUGUCUAUAUGUGUGGCUCUGUGAUGGACUUGGACUAUGGACCUGACCGGUCCAGGGUGUAGCCCUGCCUCUCGCCCAGUGUGGGCUGGGAUAGGCUCCAGCAGAUCCCUAAU